UCCCCAAGCAGAAAGAGAGACAAAGGAGCAGUAGCAGAUAAAAAGGAGCCUGAUGCUAAAAUUGCCAAAACUGAGGAGGGGAGUUCAGAUAAGGAGGAAGAGGAGAAGUCCACGAAACCUCCAGCUGGGAGUUCCAAGUCAGGAUGGAAGAACUGGAAGAAGACAAAAGAAUCCGACUCCGGUGGGGAGGAAAGCAAGAUAACGUAUUGUCACUGGCUUCUGAAAUCAGAGCCAGAGAGCAGGCUCGAGAAGGGAGUGGAUGUGAAAUUCAGCAUUGAUGACUUGAAAGCUCAGCCCAAUCAGACAACCUUUUGGGAUGGAGUAAGAAACUACCAGGCAAGGAAUUUCCUGAGAGCCAUGAAGCUUGGGCAGCAGGCCUUCUUCUACCACAGUAACUGUAAAGAGCCUGGCAUUGUUGGCAUCGUCAAGAUCGUAAAGGAGGCAUACCCUGAUCACACACAGUUUGAUCAAAAGGAUCCUCAUUAUGAUUCCUCCAGCAGAAAAGAGAACCCCAAAUGGUCCAUGGUGGAUGUCCAGUUUGUGCGGAUGACAAAACGUUUCAUCCCCCUUUCUGAAAUCAAGGCUCACCACCUGGCACACAAAGCAGAUGGAGGCCCCCUAAAGAACAUGAUGCUCUUCACAAGACAACGUCUUUCCAUCCAACCACUGACACAAGAGGAAUUUGAUUUUGUCUUGAGCCUGGAAGAGGAAAAGCCACGUUAAGAAACUGACAGCAGCACAGCUUCUACCCAGCCCGCUGAUGCCUCCUCCUAAACCAGCGUAAUUCUCAAGUUUACUUGCUCAAUCGCAGCAACAAGAACGUGCCCGCACAUGGUUCGCAGCUACAUGUCCC